UUAGUACGAAGUAGACAUAAAAAAUCUUUACCUUAUUUUGUAAAGUACACUUCGUCAUUUGUGCCAAAUAUGGCCUUUAUUCCAUUUAUGACCUUUAUCCCUUUUAAGGUCUUUAUUCCUUUUAUGGCAUUAGUGACAGAAAUGGAAUUACUUCCAUUAAUUCCAUUAAUGGCACUUCGGGGAUUAAUACCAUUUCGCUACGAAGUUCAACCUUAA